AAGCUGAAGCAUGGAGGGUCUGCGGCAAAUAUGGUGUCAACAGCACCGCUCUCUUUCUCAGCUUCUUUUCCUCCGAGCAAUUUCUUCCAAAAUUUUUGUCAAAGUGGAUAGAGCAAGCUUCUGAACCCAAAAAGGAAGCAGUUAUUAAAGCAUUGAUAGGUGCAAAAGAAGCUAUGCUUGGGAUUAGAUAUCAUAUGCGCCUAAUGGGUGAGGCUGCAGGUGUUCCUAUUGAACCAGAAUCACAAACAAAACUUUUAGAUGCUACACUAAACUUGGAAGGAGUGUUGUUGGCUGGAGUUCCAGGAGCAGGAGGAUUUGAUGCUGUCUUUGCUGUUACUUUGGGAGAUUCAAGCAGCAAUGUGACAAAAACAUGGAGCUCACUCAAUGUUCUUGCCCUUCUGGUUAAAGAAGAUCCUUGUGGCGUUUCUUUAGAAAGUGCUGACCCUAGAACAAAUGAAAUCACUUCAGCUGUAUCUUAAAUUCAUAUUGAAUAAUUUAUUGUAAAUAUUGUUUAUUUUUAAUACGAUGAAUUUGUUUAUUUUG